AUGCGCUGCAGGGUUCUAGUGCUGUGUGCCGUAAUUUGUCUCUUUGUCCUUUUGGUCGAGGGAAGGCAGAGAAAAGUUAAUAGAUCGGCAGCCAGAACCGAGGCAAAGGAAUCCAGAUCCUUGGGCGUUCAAAAUAGACACCGCAAUAUACGCAGGUCUAAUAAUAAUAAUGCUCGCCAGGGAAAUAGACUGUCUGCCAGAUCAAAUAAUCAAAAGAGACGACGGCUAAAUGCGGCCAAGAGAAACAAAAGGAGCCGUAAUUUGGCCAAGAAAUCCAAUCGGAAACACAAAUCCACAUCGAGUGUUAGCAGUGGCUCAAGCUAUGCCACAAUACCCCUGGACUUUAAGCCGAACUUUGUGCGAACCACCGACAAUCUGCGGGCGGACAAGGCUUUUGUGGCCAAUCGCUAUGGCGGCAGUUUUGCCAAGUCCUCUGGAACCGCUCGGCUGACCAACACGGGCAACAUGGAGUACACAUGCAAAAUGACCGCCGGAACACCCAAGCAAACAUUCACGGUUCUGCCCGACACCGGAAGCUCAAAUAUUUGGCUUCCAGGACCACAUUGCAAUAGCAAGGCCUGCAGAAAUCACAAUCGAUAUCGACCAGGAAAGUCCAGCACUUUCGUAAAGAUGGGCACAAAGUUUGCCAUAGAAUAUGGUUCAGGUGCUGUGCAAGGGGUCCUGGCCAAGGACAGGGUGGGAGUAGCUGGACUUUCGGUGGCCAAUCAGACCUUUGCAAUGACCACCAAGGAGCCGGGCUCCACGUUCGUUGACGCCCUCUUCGAUGGCAUUCUGGGCCUUGGCUAUCAGUCCAUAUCCGUGGAUAAUGUCAGGACUCUGGUGCAGAAUAUGUGCUCGCAGAGUGUGAUUAGCACGUGCAAGUUUGCCAUUUGCAUGAAGGGUGGCGGCAGCUCCACUCGCGGCGGAGUCAUCAUUUUUGGUAGCACCGAUACUAGUACCUACACAGGAUCGAAUAGCUAUAGCUACACUCCGGUGACCAGGAAGGGCUACUGGCAGUUCGCCCUGGAGGCCUUCUAUGUGGGCAGCACCAGGGUCAGCGGCACCUCGCAGGCGAUCGUGGACUCUGGCACCUCCCUGAUCGCAGCUCCUUGUGCCAUCUACCAUAGGAUUAACAAGAUCAUUGGCUGCACCGAGACCUCCAGCGGAGAGUGCUGGAUGAAGUGCUCGAGGGCAAUCCCGGACUUCACCUUUGUCAUCAACGGCAAGAAGUUUGUUAUCCCGGGCAACAAGAUGAAGAUGCGAGUGCGAACUAAUAAGGGGAACACCGUCUGCAUAUCGGUGGUGUCCUGUAUGGAUACCGAUUUCUGGAUCCUGGGUGAUCCCUACAUGAGGAACUACUGCACUGUGUUCGAUAUGUCUAACAACAGGAUUGGAUUCGCCAGCUCCACAUAA